AUAAUUGAACUAAAUUAAUUUGAUAUUUAGAUAUUUGAAAUUAUAUUAAAAAUAUUAUAAGGUGUAAUACUUGUCAUUAAUAUAUUAAUCAAAAUUCAUAUUGUACUUUUAGUUCACGGAAACAAAACUUUACAAGUAAUAGUAAAGCUUCGUCAUAUAAAGUUUGUACAGUGAUCAAUUAGGAGUAUUUGUGUCGGAAAAUUCUCCCAAAGUAUAUUCUUCUCUUUGUUUUUUUUAAUAUCAGAAUAUCGAAAGUGCAGAAAACUGUCAACUGUCAUUACAGUCCACAACUUCCUACCACCCCUUAAUGGCGGCCAUCGCCACCGCCACUACCACCUCCUACCUCUCUACCACCUCUUUCAGCCAUUAUCAUUCUUCAUCUUUUCGUUUUUCAUCCCUCACUUACUCAAACAACUUUCCAACUUUUUCUCUUAAUGCUCAAUAUCACCCUCCUCCUCGUACUUCUUUCCCCAUAUUCAGUAAUCACCACGGUGGCGGCGGUAACAUCAUCGAUGGAGGAGGAGGUGGUAGUGGAGGAGGAGGUGGAGAUAAAGAUGAUGAUAAUGCAGAGGAAAGGAACAAGAAAGAAGCAAUACUGGCGUUGGCUGAAGCUGAAAGAACAUUGGACAGUUUGCCUAAGGACUUGGCUUCAGCUAUUGAAGCUGGGAAGAUACCUGCAGCCGUCGUUCACCGUUUUUUGGAGCUUGAAAAGUCAUCGGUGCUCCGGUGGUUGCUCAGCUUUGGUGGAUUUAGAGAAAGAUUGCUUGCUGAUGAUCUUUUCUUGACUAAAGUUGCUAUAGAGUGUGGCAUUGGAAUUUUUACUAAGAGUGCUGCAGAACUGGAGAAGCGUAAGGAGAAUUUCACAAAGGAGUUGGACUUUGUCUGUGCUGAUGUGAUAAUGGCCAUUGUUGCUGAUUUCAUGCUGGUCUGGCUCCCAGCUCCUACUGUUAUUCUCCGUCCUUCGCUUGCAAUUGGUGCUGGGCCUCUUACUAAACUUUUCUACAACUGCCCAGACAACGCAUUUCAGGUUGUGUUGGCUGGUACAUCCUAUUCAUUUUUACAGAGACUAGGUGCCAUAGUGAGAAAUGGAGCCAAACUAUUUGCAGUUGGUUCAGGUGCAUCUCUGGUUGGUACAGGUGUAACAAAUACUUUAAUCAACGCACGGAAGGCUAUUGAUAAAACCUUUGCUGGUGAAGCUGAGAAUCUACCAGUCCUGGCGAGCAGUGCUGCAUAUGGUGUUUACAUGGCAGUAUCAAGCAACCUUAGGUAUCAAAUCCUUGCUGGAGUUAUUGAACAGCGAAUAUUGGAGCCCUUGCUACACAAGCACAAGAUCAUACUCGGUGCACUGUGCUUUGUUUUUCGAACUGGCAAUACCUUUUUGGGAUCAUUGAUGUGGGUGGAUUUUGCACGUUGGGUUGGAGUCCAAAGAUCGCGAGAAUAAAAGAAACUUAGAUAAUGGUUCCCUGUAUUGUGGUCAACCAAGUAUCAUUUGUACAACUUUUUUUAAAUUCAAUUAUAAUAGUGGUGAGAUUUUUUGUCA